AUGUCCAAAGUUGCUUUUACCAUUGUCCUUGCCGAUCAAAAAGCUGGCUACGCCAAUGAAAACGUUGCUGGUAACUUGUUCAGUGAGCAUGGCUUUACCAGUGCAGGCUAUUACGACACUUUGCUAAUUUCACAAAAUAACAUUCAACAAUUAAUGAUGAAUGCCAUUACAAGAAAGAUGGAGCAAGUAUUCAUCUAUUUUUAUGGACCAUCCAAUGGAUUAACCUUGCCAUUACUCAAUAAUCCACCUCUGGAUGUUCAAUUCUUUGAACAAUUAUUUACUCAAUUCCCAAAAAUCAAAUUUACCAUCAUUUUGGACACUCAUGAUGGUUCAAAGGAAAUUUUAGAGUAUUUCACACAAAAUAAGGCCAAUAUUCCAGCUUUAUUUACCAUUUUGGGAACCAAUACACAUGUUAAAAAACCAGGUUUUCUUCAAACAUUUGCUGAAGAAUUGAACAAACUCAAAACUCCACACGAAAAGAGAAAGGAAGCAUUCAAUAUUUUCAGGCAAGUGACAAAAGGAGAGGUUGUUUCCAAUCAUGAUGGACAUUUCCUUGCAGACAAAUAA